AUGGUGUUCAAUACACAUUCACUUAGAGCUGCAAACACAGUCAAACACAAAGUGAACUUGAGCUAUCCAAUAGGUGGAAGUUCCACAUUCAGACCAGUUUACUCAAUGGGCAAGGUAUACGGAUCGUUUAAAAUGCCAAAUGAUGCACCUAGGAAUUUUAAACCAUGUGCGCUCCAGUAUAGUCUAUUAAAUGAGAGUUUUUGGAACCAGUGGAUAUUAUGUCACAUUUUUAUAACCACUAAAUAA